AUGUCUUAUUCUAUGAAUCGAAGAUAUUCUAGUCAACGUAAUCCAUCUAGAAGGAAAUAUCAUGAAAAAGGUGGAUUAUUCUACAUAGAUGAUGAUUUCUUCGACCAACCAGAGAUUGGUACCAGCUCACAACAUCAUCACCGACGUCUUCCACAAUCUUCAAUCUCAUUAGAAAUGAAAACUAACAAUAAACAAUACUCACAACUAUCCAAUGAUGAUAGGAGUAUUCUGUCAGUACGGGGUGGACAACACUCUUCAACACUUUUUGAUGAUGUUGAAGAUGACGCUUGUGGAAUUGAUUACAAUGACUGUAUAUCAGAUAUGCAAAGAAUGUCACUGUAUCGUACAUUUAGUUGGCCACGUAUUAACGAUGAAAUCUUUGAUGAUAGAUUUGAUGAACCAUCUCUUCAGUUGGAUUAUGAUAAUUCUUUCCAGUAUAGUUUAAAUAAUGAUAAUAAUACUGGGAAAUUAUUCAAAGAAAAUCAUAACAGUGGCGGUGGUGACGACAACGAUGAUGAAGAUGAUCUUCAUGAUAGUGACAGAGAUACACCAACUACAACAAAUGAGAAUAAACAAUGUCAUGAGUCUUCCAGUGCAAAACAACUUUGUGUAUCAUCAGAGUCUGUGCUAUUGUCGAAUUCCACAUUCAACAGAAGUUGUGAAACAGAUCAGAUCCACUCAUCUACACCAUGUCAACGAAAAAGCAAACAAUCAUCAUGCAGUGUGAAAGAUACUUCUGAAGGUGAAACCCUCAACUUUUCAUCAUCAAUUGAUGACGAUAAAGAAAAGCCAAGAAUUGCUGAUCAAAUUAAUGAUUUAUUAGAUGAUAUAAAUUUUGUCAGUUGCCUUGAUCGUAUCUACAAUCCGCAUAUACGUUCACAAUAUCAAGAUUUAAUUAAUAAAAAUUAUAAACCUGCCUAUAAACAGCUAUUUCUUGAAACGUUUACUUUUUUAAAAUCUAUACGUAAUAAUAAUAACAGUAAUAAGUCGAGUAUAAAUUGA